AUGCUGCGCAGGUGUCUCUUUGUGGCGCUGCUGUUCAGCCAGCUCUCUAGCGCCCCUUCUGCUCCUGUUGGAGGUGAGCCCUCUGACCCCUCUGCUGUUGGAGGUGUGCUCUCUGACCCCUCUGCUGUUGGAGAUGACACAACUUCCGACGACACGUCUGUUUCACCUGGCCCCGCCCCCACAGAAGGCUCAGACUCUGAGGAAACUACAGAAGCUCCAUCUGCGGAGACCAGCACCCACCAAACAGAUGAAGUUGAAGAAGAAGCACAGAGCCCUGGAUCCAACUCCAAUGACCCAAGUGACCUGAACGACCCGAGUGAACCAAGCAAAACAAGCGAAACCAGUGACACAUCUCCACAACAAUCAGAUGAAUCCAACUCAGAGACUGAGUCUGGAUCUGAGACCGAGUCCAAGCCCCAGACCGACUCCAUGACCGAGACCGAGUCCACGACUGAGACCGAGUCAACGACCGAGACCGAGUCCAAGAUGGAGGCCGAGUCUGAAUCCACAUCUGACUCCGGAGACAACACUGAAGAUUCUGAACCAAAUGCAGAGGAAGAUGCAGAGGUUGGGGAUGUUGGCGAGUCAAAGGAAGUAAAUGGAAAUUCAGCAGGCGAGACUGUAGACCUGAAGGAUACAGAGGACUUGGUAGAUACCGAAGAUGAUACUGAAGAGGCGGAUGAUACUGAAGAGGAGGAUGAUACUGAAGAGGAGGAUGAUACUGAAGAGGAGAAUGAUAAUGAAGAGGAGGAUGAUACUGAAGAAGAGGUUGAUUCCAAAGAGGAGGUUGAUUCCAAAGAGGAGGACAAUACUGCAGAGGAGGACGAGGAGACGUCAGAUGAUGAGGCGACAGGGGAAGACACUACGGAAGAUGAUUCCUCAGAAGAGGAAGAAAAUGGGGACAAGAAAGAAGAUUUCUCAGAUAGGGACACCAGUGAUGAGGAUCAGGAAGAGGACAAAGAGGAGGGAGGCAGCGAUGAGCAUUCAUCAGAAGAGGAGGAUAAUGUGUCAUCAGAACAACUAGAUGUCAAAAGAUUCAGACGAUCAUACCGAGUCUACAGAAGCCACAACGGGAUUGAUCGACUUGACCAGUGUCACUCACGGGAUGGCGUAGAAACAGCGGCUCUAUGGGGUAAACAACACCAAGGUCAAGGGUGUUCUAUUGGCCAGUGUGUCGGGCGCUGA